GCGGUGUCAAGUACGUGAGCUCCCUUUAGGCUCUUUCUUCCUGUUCCAAAGUUCUCACGCAUGUCGAGUAAAUAUAAGUGGGGUGAAGUCUUUUCUUCAUAACCAAUCCGUUUGGGACGCUAGAAAACCAAUCUUUUAGCCACAUUUUGGGUUUGAAAUGAGGGACCUCCAUCUUUUGUGUAAUUCAAGAUGGCGGCUCACAUGUUGGUUUUUUGUUCGUUUUUUUAGGUGAAAGCCGACGUCGAUCUGAAAAGCUGAAAGUCCCGAGACUUCUAACUUCUAACCACAAACUGCUGACCGCAGUUUCACGUCAGCAGUGAAGACACCAAACGUGGAUCAAACAUCGUGGCCAAUUUUAGGAUUACUAAGAUUUCAGCACAUGUUUUGAGUGCGCCGCACGCGUUUAUGAUGUAGAUAAAAGUGUUUAAAGCUAUGGUGUCAGUUGGAGAUAAUCUGCUGUUUCCCAAAGAAGCAGAUUCCCUUGAAUCUCAGAGUUUUUCUGCAGAUCUGCGUAGACGAAAUACACAUCGAACAACCCCUGCUCUUGUCAACGGUGUAGUUGUAGCUGUAGCACGAAAAUGUGCCUCAACCAGCAACGUUUACUGCAGGGAUAUUGAUGACAACGAAAGAGGCGAAGGAAAACCCUUCCAGCUACGAAAGUCAGGGAACACAUCUUUCUGGACAAAUGAAGAGGUAACAAAUGAAGGGCUCAAAUUUGGAUGUCAGCUGACGUACUAUCAGAGCCUCUUACGAAGAUGCUGUAAGCUGGGUGAGCAAGAUGAAAAACAGUUCAUUUUUGAGAAGAAAACCGAUAAAGAGCAAGUAAGUUUUCACUACUAUGCCAACAGCACAGUUGUCAGUAGAUUUUUUGAGAAACUUACAUUACCCCAGUGUCGUAGCAGGUUUAGAAACACCCCCCCUACGCUGAUUAGGGCCCCCCUUCAAAACUUCCUGUUUUUCAAUUUUCUCUCUACAGGGAGUUUAUUUAGUUUUUUAGUUUUUUGGUUUUUUUUUGUGAAAACUUCACCUUAUUUCAUGUCCAUUGUUGUAAACAAACUGAAUUUUAUCGUAUAUUCGACACAAAUAGGGCAAAGUCAUGAUAAGCAGCAACUACCAUUGUGAAAGCUCUUGAAAUAUGAUAUUCUUCUCUUUUGUUAAACUUAUUGUUAUUGGGAGUAAUGAGACUAUUGAGAACAAGUUAUAGCAAAAUUUUUUAACAACUUUUUUAUUGGCCCAGCACAAGCCUACAGUAACUAUAAGCUAGAUCUGCUUUUUACUCCAGCUUAUGUUCCCUUCCCAUCCCUUGGAGCAAGAGAUGACAGGGGGGAGAAAGCCCUGAGUGGGAAUGAGGGUGUAGAGGUGCCAACAAGGUCUUUUUUAUAUAUAUUCUGUGGUAUUAAAAAGAUUGACUUCUGUUUCCUUUACAGGAUGUGGAUAAAAUACUACUGGACCUCCAAGGUGAUGAAAAUGUUUAUGGAGGACUUGAAGAGGCUCAUGAAUAUUACAACCAAAAGGUAACUAAGUGUACACCGUAGCUUAAGGGAUAUUUGCAAAAAAACUGGUACUAAAAAAAUUGACUUCUGUUUCCUUUACAGAAUAUGGGUAGAUUAAUAAAUGCCCUCUUUAGUAUUGUAAAUACUUCCCUUGAACUUCAUGUGGAACAUAAUAUCUCAAACCAAAGGUAGCUAAGUGUACACUGUAGCAUAAGAGAUAUUUUCAAAUGAAACUGACCCAAACCCCUGUUUUUGUAGCAUCCUAAAGGCAGGAGUCACAGGUGAAGUUUGUAUCACAACUCAUGAGUGGCCAAGUCCUGGAUCUCAGGUCCCAAACAUGAUCAGAACACAACCAUGUACAAAAUGACAGCUUGUAAUUUUCAGUAUAAACAGAAUCAAACAAGUUUACUUUAAAUAGAGAGAUGAAUUGUUAUUGUUUUUCUUAAAUUUAUAAUGAGCAACAAGAGACAAUUUAGAACAAGUUAUAGCAAAAUUUUUUGACAACUUUUAAGUUGGCCCAACCCAACCUAAACCCUAAGCUAUUUCUAAAACAUUGAGUUCUGUUUCCUUUACAGGAUAUGGGUACAUUAAUAACGGCCCUUGUUAGUAGUGCAAGGACUUUCCUUGAUCUUUAUGAGACACAUGAAUAUCUUAAUCCAAAGGUAACUAAGUGUACACUGUAGCUUAAGGAAUAUUUGCAAAUGGAACUGACCCACACACCUGUUUUUGUAGCAUCCCAAAGGCAGGAGUCAUUGUUGAAGUUUGUAUCAUGACUCAUGCGUGGCCAGGUCCUAGAUCUCAGGUCCCAAACACGAUCAGAACACAACCUGUAUAAAAUGGUAGCUUGUAAUUUUCAGAAUAAACAGAAUCAAACAAGUUUACUUUAAAUAGAGAGAUGAAUUGUUAUUGUUUUUCUUAAAUUUAUAAUGAGUAAUUAAUGAGAGACUAUUGAGAACAAGUUGUAACAAAAUUCUUUGACAACUUUUUUAUUGGCCCAACCCAAACAUAAAGUAACUACAAGCUAGAUCUGCCUUUUACUCCAGCUUAUGUUCCCUUCCCAUCCCUUGGAGCAAGAGAUGACAGGAAAGAGAAAGCCCUGAGUGGGAAUGAUGGUGUAGAGGUGCCAACAAGGUCUCGUUUUCAUAGUCUGUAGUGCUAAAUAGAUUGAUUUCUGUUUCCUUAACAGAAACUGUUUGAAGAACUACUGUGCCUCGAAGAUCUUUUUUGUGUUUGUAAUGAACUUUUUGAGUGGGGAUUUGGAAGGUUCGACCCAAAGGUAACUAAGUGUACACUGUAGCUCAAGGGAUAUUUGCAUUAUAAUUUGCAAUUUGUAGCAUCCUAAAGGUAGGAGUCAUGGGUGAAGUUUGUAUCACAACUCAAGAGUGGGCAGGUCCUAGAUCUCAGGUCCCAAACAUGAUCAGAACACAACCAUGUACAAAAUGACAGCUUGUAAUUUUCAGUAUAAACAGAAUCAAACAAGUUUACUUUAAAUAGAGAGAUGAAUUGUUGUUGUUUUCUUAAAUUUAUAAUGAGUAAUUAAUGAGAGACUAUUGAGAACAAGUUACAGCAAAAUUUUUUGACAACUUUUUUAUUGGCCCAACACAAACUUGAAGUAACUGCAAGCUAGAUCUACUUUUUACUCCAGCUUAUGUUCCCUUACCAUCCCCUGGAGCAAGAGAUGACAGGAAAGAGAAAUUCCUGAGUGGAAAUGAUGGUGCAGAGGUGCCAAAAAGGUCUCUUUUUCAUAUUUUGUGGUACUAAAAAGAUUGACUUCUGUUUCCUUUACAGAAUGUGCAUCGAGUACAACAGAUCUUCAAAUGUGUUGUAAAUCGUUAUCUUAUAUUUCUAAAGAAUGAUCUUCAAUAUCUCAACCAAAAGGUAACUAAGUGUAUUUACUGUAGCUUUCGGAAUAUUUGCAAAUGAAACUGACCCACACCCCUGUUUUUGUAGCAUCCUAAAGGCAGUAGUUACGGGUGAAGUGUAUCACAACCCAUGAGUGGUCAGGUCCUAGAUCUCAGGUCCCAAACAUGGUCAGAACACAACCUGUACAAAAUGAUAGCUUGUAAUUUUCAGUGUAAAGAGAAUCAAACAAGUUUACUUUAAAUAAAGAGAUGAAUUGUUGUUGUUUUUCUUAAAUUUAUAAUGAGUAAUGAGAGACUUUUGAGAACAAGUUAAAGAAAAGGUUUUUGACAACUUUUUUAUUGGCCCAACACAAACUUGAAGUAACUACAAGCUAGAUCCACUUUUUACUCCAGCUUAUGUUCCCCUUCCCAUCCCCUGGAGUAAGAGAUGACAGGAAAGAGAAAGUCCUGAGUGGAAAUGAUGGUGCAGAGGUGCCAAUAAGGUCUCUUUUUCAUAUUCUGUGGUACUAAAAAGAUUGACAUCUGUUUCCUUAACAGGAUGUGCUUGAAAUACAUCUGGGCUUCAAAAAUCUUUUUAGGGCUUAUAGUAAACUUCUUAAGAAGGCACUUGAAUGUUUCAACCAAGAGGUAACUAGAUGUAUGUUGUAGCUUAAGGGAUAUCUGCAAAUGAAACUGACCCACAACCAUGUUUUUGUAGCAUCCCAAAGGCAGGAGUCACAGAUGAAGUCAGGUGAAGUUUUUAUCACGACUCUUGAGUGGCCAGGCCCUAGAUCUAAGGUCCCAAACAUGGUCAGAGCACAACCUCUACAAAAUGGUAGCUUGUAAUUUUCAGUAUGAACAGAAUCAAUCAAGUUUACUUAAAUUAGAGAGAUGAAUUUUGGUUGUUUUUCUUAAAUUUAUAAUGAGUAGAGAGAGACAAUUGAGAACAAGUUGUAGCAAAAUCUUUUGACAACUUUUUUAUUGGCCUAACCCAAACUUGCUGUAACUACAAGCUAGAUCUGCUUUUUACUCCAGCUUAUGUUCCCCUUCCCAUCCCCUUGAGCAAGAGAUGACAGGAAGGAAAAAGCCCUGAGUGGGAAUGAGGGUGUAGAGGUGCCAACAAGGUCUCUUUUUCAUAUUCUGUAGUACUAAAAAGAUUGACAUCUGUUUCCUUAACAGGAUGUGGUUGAACUACAACUGGGCUUUAUAUAUCUUUUAAGUGCUUAUCGUGAACUUUUUAAGAAGACAUUUGAAUGUUGCAACCGAAAGGUAACUAAGUGUACUCUGUAGCUUCAGGGACAUUGCAAUGAAACUGACCCACACCCCUGUUUUCGUAGCUUCCCAAAGGUAGGAGUCACAGGUGAAGUAAGGUGAAUUUUUUAUCACAACUUUUGGGUGGCCAGGUUUUAGAUCUAAGGUCCCAAACAUGGUCCGAACACAAUUAACCUCUACAAAAUAGUAGCUUGUAAUUUUCAGUAUAAACAGAAUCAAACAAGUUUACUUUAAAUAGAGAGAUGAAUUGUUAUUGUUUUUCUUAAAUUUAUAAUGAGUUAUGAGAGACUAUUGAGAACAAGUUACAGCAGAAUCUUUUGACAACUUUUUUAUUGGCCUAACCCGAACUCGCUGUAACUACAAGCUAGAUCUGCUUUUUACUCCAGCUUAUGUUCCCUUCCCAUCCCUUGGAGCAAGAGAUGACAGGGAGGAGAAAGCCCUGAGAGGGAAUGAGGGUGUAGAGGUGCCAACAAGGUCUUUUUUAUAUAUAUUCUGUGGUAUUAAAAAGAUUGACUUCUGUUUCCUUUACAGGAUGUGGAUAAAAUACUACUGGACCUCCAAGGUGAUGAAAUUGUUUAUGUAGGACUUGAAGAGGCUCAUGAAUAUUACAACCAAAAGGUAACUAAGUGUACACUGUAGCUUAAGGGAUAUUUGCAAAGAAACUGGUACUAAAAAAUUGACUUCUGUUUCCUUUACAGGAUAUGGGUAGAUUAAUAAAUGCCCUCUUUAGUAUUGUAAAUACUUCCCUUGAACUUCAUGUGGAACAUAAAUAUCUCAAACCAAAGGUAGCUAAGUGUACACUGUAGCAUAAGAGAUAUUUUCAAAUGAAACUGACCCAAACCCCUGUUUUUGUAGCAUCCUAAAGGCAGGAGUCACAGGUGAAGUUUGUAUCACAACUCAUGAGUGGCCAAGUCCUGGAUCUCAGGUCCCAAACAUGAUCAGAACACAACCAUGUACAAAAUGACAGCUUGUAAUUUUCAGUAUAAACAGAAUCAAACAAGUUUACUUUAAAUAGAGAGAUGAAUUGUUAUUGUUUUUCUUAAAUUUAUAAUGAGUAACACGAGACAAUUUAGAACAAGUUAUAGCAAAAUUUUUUGACAACUUUUUUAUUGGCCUAACCCAAACUUGUUGUAACUACAAGCUAGAUCUGCUUUUUACUCCAGCUUAUGUUCCCCUUCCCAUCCCCUUGAGCAAGAGAUGACAGGAAUGAGAAAGCCCUGAGUGGGAAUGAGGGUGUAGAGGUGCCAACAAGGUCUCUUUUUCAUAUUCUGUAGUACUAAAAAGAUUCUGUUUCCUUUACAGGAUGUGGAUAAAACACCACCAGACUUCCAAGAUGAUGAAAGUGUUUAUGGAGGACUUAGAGAGGCUCAUGAAUAUCACAACCCAAAGGUAACUAAGUGUAUUUACUGUAGCUUUCGGGAUAUUUGCAAAUGAAACUGACCCACACCCCUGUUUUUGUAGCAUCCUAAAGGCAGUAGUUACAGGUGAAGUUUGUAUCAUGACUCAUGAGUGGCCAGGUCCUAGAUCCCAGGUCCCAAACAUGAUCAGAACACAACCUGUCCUUAAUGAUAGCUUGUAAUUAUUUUUCAGUAUAAUCAGAAUCAAACAAGUUUACUUUAAAUAUAGAGAUGAAUUGUUACUGUUAUUGUUUUUUGACAACUUUUUUAUUAGUCCAACCCAAACUUUCAUGAACUAUAAGCUAGAUCCACUUUUUUACUCCAGCUUAUGUUCCCCUUCCCAUUCAUUGGGGCAAGAGAUGACAGGAAGGAGAAAGCCCUGAGUGGGAAUGAUGAUGUAGAGGUGCCAACAAAGUCUCUUUUUCAUAUUCUGUAGUACUAAAAAGAUUGACUUCUCUUUCCUUUACAGGAUAUUGAUAAAACACCACUGGACCCCCUAGAUGAUGAAAAUGUUCAUGAAGUACUUCGAGAGGCACAGGGAUAUGUCAACUCAGAGGUAACUAAUUGUACACUGUAGCUUAAGGGAUAUUUGCAAAUGAAACUGACCCACACCCAUGUUUUUGUAGCAUAAAGUUAUUAGCAGUACUGCUUCUCUUUCUGGAUAGGAUAACAGUUCAUUGUAAUUUACUCUCCAGCAUUGCCAUCAUUUCACAGACAUGUUGAUAUGAUGUUAAAUCCUGACCACAGAAAGACAGUGUCAAAGGUUUUUCAAUCUUGGUGUUCAUUGCAGUUUGCGGAUUUUCCUUUUUUUUUACUGUUUGGGUUUCAGUUUUCAUCAAAAAUGCUAGUGGAUUUUCUGCUUUGGUAUUCCAUAUGGUUUUCAGUUUUUUCUAUUUGGGUUCCAGUUUCUCGUCACUCUGAGCAACAAUUAUGUGCCUCCAUUGGUUUUGAAUAGCCAUGUAACCUCUUUUUGCUCCACUUGUUACCACUGCAUCAGAUCGAUUAGGAUUUUGAUAACUGGGAUCUGAAAACUUAUCGUUUUUGACAGUUUUGAAUGCAGUAUUCAGUUUUAAUCAAUUUUUUUGGGGGGUUUGCAAUUUUGGAUGAUUUUUUUUCCAACAGUUUUGUGGUUUCCCCCUCUGGAAGUGAAGUAUCUUGGUGCCCAGGACCUUGCUAAGUAAGGAUUGAGCAUGCUAUAGGUAUACCCCACCAGAUGCAGUCAGUAUAUCUUUAAUUGCACUUCUUUUCAAUUUGUUUUCCUUUCUCAUUCAAAGUUUCCCAGAUUACCAGCCCACUCAGCAUGUACCAGCAUUUUCUUUAUUGGAAUAAGGGCUGGUACGAUCAAUAAUGAAAGAAUCACUCUGGAGACAAUGAGUGGAGAACGGUUAGAUAUGCCGCUGAACUGUAGAGAAAGCCUGGUAUUAUCCACAGGACCAGUUCAUUUGCAACUUAAGAGGCCAUGGGAUGUAGCUGAUGAUGUUGUACGUGGUGUGGCAGUUGUUAAGUAUGAAGCCGGGAAAGCUACUUGUGAGGGCCUGAUUUUAAGUAAGUGAUCAGAGUUAUGCAUAGAUGUUAUAAGGCCUACUGCAUGAUACAAACAAUAGAGCUGCUGAAAAUUUUAUUUGCCAAUAUCUGUCAUGUCAGAUAUUAGCAAUUUUAUUUGCCAAUUGUGGCAAUUGGUGAUAAUUGCAAUCCCCACACUGGACACACCUGGUGAUUUUCCCUGAUUGCUAAUCAAUUGAUCUAAGUUAUUGAGUUAUGUAAUACAUAUGCAAGCCAUAGAGAGGCAAACUAUGUAUGGCCAACGAUAAGAUCAUUACAAUAACUUUUUUUUAUAUACACAACCAAGUAUGUUGUGAAAAUAAAACUUCAGAAACUGGGAAGAAGAUCUUGAACUGAAGUCUAACUUAUGAUUAGUGUGCAAAGACCUAGUCAGCACUGAAAUAAAUUUCCAGCAUUUCAGUAAUUUAGGUUGUGAGAUGAACAACCUGUACCUUUAAAUUUAAAAGUAAUUAACCAAAUGAAGUUUAAGUUAUUGAAUGUUUAUAUUCUUGAGAUUGAGAACCAAUGUCCAAAUGAGGGAAGUUACUGUUUUAGAUUUUUCUUAGUUCCCAUCAAAUGUUUUCAAACAGGUUCAUAUGUUACUAUCCUGAAAAGAAAUUACUGGCCACAUAGUUACCUUUGCUAAAGUAUGCUACAGUAACUGUUUCACAUUGCAAUUUUUAUAUUUGAUGGGAUAAAUUCACCAAAAAACUUACUAAAUCUGCACCAAAAAAUGAGGAAAUUAAUUUUGUGACCAUGUUACAGACUUCGAUUUUCUUUAUCUCCAAGAUACACCAUGAGCUGCAACUUUAGUCUGUUCUGUCAGUGUUAAUUUGCAUUCUUCGCUUUUGUCUUUGGAUUUGGCAAUUUUGCCCUGUAUUAGGUAACUACCUCAUUAUUAGCAGAUUACAUUACAGUAAGCAGGGCUUUCAAAAUGUUUUGAAUUAGGCAUCAGAUGGCAAAAGUAGGUAACUGUGAAAAGUUCAUUAAGGGUUAGAAGGUAAUUGUUUUGACCAGAGUAACUGGGGACAUGAUUUAAAGUAGCUGGUGGAACUCUGGUGGUCACUAGCUUGUUUUAAAAUCUCAGAAUAAGCCUAAACCUCAGGACAUUUUGAGAAAACUAGCUUCCUAAUCUACCCUGCAGUAAACAUUGCAUUUUUCUACUGUUUUCAGGAUAUAAACCCUUAGUCAUAUCAAGGGAUGAAGAACCAGUUGAAAUGAAGAAUGCAUUUGGUGAAGUGAUUCCAGUUCGAGGAGUCAGAAAGGUCCUGUUUGACACUGGCAAUGAAGCAGGCACUGGCAUAUCCAGAGAGCUUCUGUUGAAGUUAAACCUGCAAUCUGAUCCCAGCAAAAAAAAGAAAGUUAAAUUAAUAGAAGAGUCAUGUGAGUUUGAAACCGCAGAUAUUGAGCUCAUAGUUCGAGGACACCAUCUUAGUGCUAAUGGAUUGGUUGAUGCCGUGAAUGAGAAUACUAAUCUUCUUGUGGGAAUGGAUGUCAUUCAGCAGCUGUAUGAUCGAGGGUAUACUAUUGGUAACUAACUUAUGGUAUAUUUUAAGAAUUUCUAAAAUGAUGAAUGUCCUUUGCAGAAAACUUCCAGUCAAUAUGAAGGUUGUUUACAGAUGCACAUGUGUACCAGAUCAUUUUGCUGAACAUGGGUUUUUUCAUUUUUUUUUUUGUAAGGUCUAUUUUUGUCUUUAUGUGACCAUUUGAUAGAAUUCUGAAGCCAUUCUUCAUGUUAGAAAACACGAAACACAUUGCAUUAUGCAGGCUUACCAAUGAAUAAAGCUUCCACAUUUUCUCCUGGACAGUCAGAAUGCAAUAUAUAGCUUACAUUUAUAAUUACUUUUAGUAAUAAUAUCUUAAGGUUGUCUUUUUAACCUGGGUAGUUCUCCAAGUUCUUGGUAAUGGAUUAUUUACAAAGGCCACAAGGUGACCUUUUUCUAUACUGUUUUGGGUUUUGCCCUAUUUUGAAAUCUAGCACUCCUGCUAUAAUCACCUUGUGCUAGGUUAACAUUGCUUCUCUUCAAUCACCAGCAAUUAUACCUACAUAAUACAUGACAAAUAUAGUAGCUCAGGUAUGCCUUGAAAGUCAAUAUGAUGUAGUGCAUUGAGAAUUUUAGAACAUCUGUUUAUUAUUUUAAAUAUAAUUAAUUAGCUAACGUCUUCAUACUGAACAGUAGUGAUGUUGAUUUAGAGUUUACAUAUUGUACAAUGUUUGCCAUCACACUGAUGUAAAAUGUGUAGAAAAUGGAAUCAAAUUCCAAGAAUUGCAAAUAAAUUAUGUUCUUAUGAUAGUUAUAGUUUUAAAAUAAAGCUUUUGAAGCUCUGUUGUUGAGAGUUUGAAUCAAACAGCCAUAAUUCCUGGCCAAUAAAACCUAAUCAGUGAUGGGUUUUGGGAAC